AUGGCACGAAUACCAAGUGAUGCCAGCACUCAGCAAACUAGUCUCACUACCCCUACACUCAAGGUUGUGUUAUUAGGAGACCUGGGGGUUGGAAAGACUUGCUUACGCUCACAAUUUGUUCAUCACAUAUUCACCAAUGCUUACAAGGCAACAAUAGGUGGUGACUACCUAACAACAACAAUCCAACUACCACCUAAAACAGACGAGACAACUCCCUCCGAUGAAACAUCAUCUAUGAAUGAGCCUUUAGAAAGAGUCAAUUUGCAAAUUUGGGAUACCGCCGGUCAAGAACGUUUUAAUUCCAUAUCACAAGCAUUUUAUCGUGGUACCGAUGUUUGUGUGCUUUGUUAUGAUAUCACAAACUAUGAAUCAGUGUUAAGUUUGAAAGACUGGUUUGAUCAAUUUAUGCAACAUUGUCAUGUUUCACACCCAGGUGUUAUUAUUGUAGGCAACAAGACAGAUCGAGGGAGAGACCGAGUGGUUGAUAAGGAGGAAAUUGAGGAUAUAAUUACAAACACUGCCUCGGAGACUAAUAUUGGUGAUUACGUAUACGACUGGAAGUCGGAUCUAAUAGAAGUGAGUGCAAAACAAUUGCAAGCAGUCGAGGCAUUGUUCAUCAGAGUAGGCGAGUUGGGGAAAACUAUUUUACUGGGAGCCGAUUACGAACGCCAGAAGUUACAAGAUUUUGACAAUAUCGAGUUGAGAGAAAUGAAUAAGGAUCCAAAAAGAUGUGCUUGUUAG